UCUGAUGCUUCUGCACUGGUUUGCCAGCCAUACUGCAGUAAUUCAAAGGGAAGAAAUCCACCUUAAUCAAAAGAUCAGUCUGACUCGAGGAGAUUAUGGCUUCCAUGAAUAUGUCAAUGACAUCUCUAAUGCAAACGCUAGGAAACCAACAUUUCCCGAAUUGUCCCACAACAUGAACAGAUCGUACUAUACUUUGGGCAACCUCAAUCAUGCUUCCCAGUUGCCCUGGUAUGUCAGACAGGAUCAUGACAACUCACAGGGACAUCCUCUAGGAAACACAGACAGGCUUGUAAUCAGGGUUCACAAGAAUGACCCAUAUAUAGUAGAUGAAGUCUAUAUUUCGCAGCAUUCCAAGGACAGAAAUCUAGGCAUUAGGUAUGACCCACAAAACACCUUCAGAGUCGAUCCAUUUCUCCUGAAGCAAAUUCAGGGCCUCAGUCAUACUGAAACAUGUAACCAAAAUGAUCCUAGAGCAUCGCUUUCUGCAUUGGAAUACUGGAAGCACCAAAAACGAGUUAGCGAGUUGCAGAGCGUACAUCCACCCACAAGAGGUUUGGGAUGGUUUAUGAGCCUGGCAGGUUAUAACGUUACUGAUAGACUCACUCGGUUUUCACAAUCCUUUUUCUGCUCAACCAGUAAGAUUCACGGUAACAGUCAUUCACGUGACACAAAGCCCAAAUGUAAGCAACAUAAUAGGAUAAAAUUAGAAAUGAAAUCGACCUCAAAUGGAUAUGCAAGGAUCUCAUGGAGUGGGAUACCAGAGUACAUCCUGAAAAUGGAAAGCAGUGUUGGUCUUUCUAAAGACAAUGUUUACCCUCUUGAUAGAAGACCAUAUGGAGCCAUUGACACUAACUGGGUUGUGAAUCCUGGCCUUCAAGUAAAGCUCAUUAUUCAUGACAGAGUCGCCUGGAUGGGCCCAGAGUUUAACGAUGCCAACGGGGUUCUUCCUACCAAUAUUCAAGGUCAUAAUGCCAGUCUGCAGCUGUUUACCAAAGACGGCUAUGCUUGUGCCCGACUUUUCAUUAAGAAGUCCUGCGUAAAAAACUGGCAGGUUGUCUUUGAGAACUCUUGGGUUGGAUUCUACAAAAGUUCACUAGAUGAAAAUCGUUCAUAUAAAAAAUAUCAAUGGGUUAGAAAGUUUGAGAAGAACUCCGGCCAGGAUUUCUCGGACGAUUAUGACAUCUUUGAAUAUAAGUCGGGUCUGGCAAUUCAACCUGGAGUACAGCUACGAUUCCUGAAAAACAAAGGCUACCUUAAUGAGAAAGCUCGCACUGAACCCUGGGAAGGUGUCAUCAAUCCUGACGCUCAGAGUUAG